GACGCGCGUCGCGGCUGCGUGCUUGUCAACAAGAAUUGUCGACACUGCCAGUCGAUUAUAUUUCUUUCUUCAAAUGGAUAUGAAACAAGAAGAAUAUGAUGAGAUUCCUUUCUUUGUUCAAGUAAAAAUGGAAUCAACUUCUUCGCAAGAAAUUGAUCCGUGGUCGACUGAAAAUCGAAGGGAACGAUGUGCUAUUUUGAAAGACUGGAAGAAACGAGGAGUUAUGCAACAGAAGUCAAUCUACGGAAAUUUCAUACAUUUCGAGUACAAUGAAAGUGAGAUGCCGUGGAUUCAAUGUUUAUCCUGCUCCCGUUUCAUUAAAAAUGUCAGAGGAAACACGAAAACAAUUCACACCAAAAAAAAGUGCAUGGAAUCGGAUUAUGUGGCAGUUCCAGAGAAUCGGAAAAGAAAUAAAAGUCCCAAAACUGUCAACGAGAGUGCUGUCAGCGAUAUUAUGAAUAAAUUUGUCAGCCAGCAAACCGAUACAUUGCAAAUGAGAGUCAUGGAGUUGGAGGAAAAACUUAUGGAAAAAGAUGAGGAAAACGAAAAAUUGAAGUUAAUGCUACGAGAAGCCGGUCAAAAGUUGUGUGCACUUGGGCAAUCAUUUUUGGAGAAAAGUGAAGAUAUUUAGAAAGGUG